UGGAGCGUCUUCUCCCACAAUGUUUUUGCGCUUCAUUUUCCACGCCGAGUUCGUUUCUUCUUCUAAACAGUAUAAUUUCUUAAAGUGUGCAAAUAUUUGUUUGCCGAUAAAAUUAAUUUUAUUUGAAAAUAUAUUAAGCAUUUAAGCCAACUAAGAAUUGAAGAAUAAAUAAUAUUUCUUCAAUCGAUUACUUUAUUCUGAAAAAGUUCAAAACUACACAGUAAAUUAUGAAAUCAAAGAAAACGGAAUCAGCGGCUACUACAGACGCAACUGCCGAGUCAUCAGAAGAAGAGGAGUAUGCAGUGGAAAAAAUUUGUGGGCGCCGCGUGCGUAAAGGAAAGGUUGAAUAUUUCCUUAAAUGGAAAGGUUAUGCUGAAGAUGAAAAUACUUGGGAACCUGUAGAAAAUUUGGACUGUCAAGAUUUGAUACAGCAGUAUGAGGCAGAUCGCGCGAAAGAAGAGCCUGCAGCUUCCAGCAAACAAUCUGAGAAAAAGGAAUCAUCCAAUAAAAAAGAAGCCAGUAGCAGUGGACGUACUAGUGCCGUUGGAAAUAAGCGCAAGUCUGAAGAGAAAACGUCAGCAGGUAGCAAGAAGAAGCGCCGUGACUCAUUAAAAUCAGAAACGGACAAUGAAUCAGUGUCCGAUGUUUCAUCUCGUACCUCUGAACGAACUGGAUUCGAUAGAGGUUUAGAAGCAGAAAAAAUUCUCGGCGCUUCAGAUUCCAGCGGCGGUUUGACCUUCCUUAUUCAAUUCAAGGGUGUUGAUCAAGCUGAAAUGGUGCCAGCAGCGAUUGCAAAUGUUAAGAUACCACAAAUGGUAAUAAAGUUCUACGAAGAACGCCUUUCUUGGUAUUCCGACAAUGAGGAGUAAACUUAAUUUUAUUAGUUGAAGAUAUAAGAUUAUAUUAUUUCCACAAAUCAAU